AUGUGGGAAGAUGAUGACCAUUUAUGCCGACUUUUGGCGGACUGCUUAAUCAACGCAGUCGGGUUCCUGCCUGUUCAAAGGUUGAACAGACGCGUCGAUGACAUCUUGUCAAACAUUCAUCAUUAUGGUAGAGAUGUGGAGGUCAUUCAGACCGGGAGUUGGGCUGAAGGAUUUCGUAUGAACGGCACAGAUGUUGACAGAAUGUACGUAGAUAAAUCUACAAUGGUAUCAGAAACCCCAGAAAAGAUACCAAACAAAUUUUGUGCAAUCAAAAUAGACACAUCUUCAGAAAUUCAAAGGGGUUACGCAAAAUUAAUAUUACUGACGCCACACAAAGCAGAACAGCACUUGCAACACGCAGUGGUACGUGAAGGUAGAACCUUGUACGUAUCAAGUAAAGUGUACAUAGAGUCUCAUGUAGAAGAAAACCAAGAAACACAUGGACCCUGUGUAAGAAGGGUUGCUCAACAAGGAACGGAGCAAGAUGACGCACACUGUCUAAACUGUCCACAUUGGCCAUCGGAUGCAAUGGAAUGGUACCACAGAAGAAGACAAAAUGGAUGGCCAGAGAGUCACUUGGUGAGGGACAUAUACAAUAAAGGAUGUCAUGUGGUACCUAUUGGUCCGAAAUUUAUCGACAGCAAUGGACAUUGGUGUUUUGACCCCAUGGCAUGGCGAUUUUCAUUUUCAGUGGCAGAAAAGCGAUUAGUUUACACAUUUAAUGAUACACAAUUCUUGGUUUAUGGCAUUUUCAAACUGUUAGUCAAAGAGGCAUUUCGAGAGACCCGAAACGUUUUAUGUUCGUAUUUCAUGAAAACGCUUUUGUUUUGGUGUAUUGAAGAAACACCAAAAGAAUGGUGGAAACAAGAUCGUUUAGUUUCCUGUAUAGAAAUCUGCUUCAAACGAUUGAUUUUGUGGGUUUCAAAUGGAUAUUGUCCCAACUACUUUGUCAGAGAAAAUAACAUGUUUCAUGGUAAGUUAGACGAAGUGGAACGCGAAUCCCUUGUUAUAUAUUUGUCACAGCUCUAUGGAGAGGGAUGGAGGUGCCUACUUACUUGUCCAUCCUUAAACGACCUAAGAGAUGCUCUGCAGAGAAAAAGAUUUGAAAUUCUCGACACGCCAUUCAAUGGCUUUAGCCCAGAUGAAGAUUUCAAAGGACUCGGUACACAACGAAGGAAUGAUUCCACCUCAAUUACGGAAGAUGUAGAAGACAGAGCAUUCUUUUCCCAAUUAGAAUCCGUAGUUCAGGAUCACCCUAACUUCAGAAGUCUUGAAAAAGAAUUCUUUAAUAUGGUGGCCCUUUUACUUGGAGAAGGAACGCGAUGUGAUAUUUUGAUGCACGAUACCGUGACAUUCUACAUGUAUAAAACUUUACAACAUAUAGCUAUGAUCUUUUUUUAUAAAGCAAUGAAUGACACCAGUAGAUGUGCACGUUUCCGGUACAGACAAAUCAGACGGGCUCUUGACUUGAUGAAAUUAACAAACUCAGCAGAUGUAAGCAGAGGAAGGCUAACUUUAGCAACAGCAUUCUACUGUAUGGGAUACCACUAUAGUGCUUUGAAAAUGAUCCGACAAUAUGAUGUUUUUCUUGAAGAUAACCAAGGCGUUCUUUAUAUAAGUUCGAGGUUUCCGAAUGAUCUGAGUGAAAAAUAUAUUGCUAACUUCUGUAAUAAAAAUAUAUCAAGAGCUGAAAAAGCCUCAAUGGGCGUUUCGUACGAUUUUGAAGUUUUUCGAGCCAUGCCAAUUCAUCCUAUGGAAAUAGCAUUUGAAAUUCUAUUAGUGAGAGAUACUUCAGUAAUUCUGCCUUUUCCCCCACGCCCCUACUCUGUAUUCUUGAAGGCUCUGUGUUUUUCUCAGAUGAAUGACAAGUACAACGUGAAAAUUUUAAAGAAAGAACUUUUAGACAAUCUCCCAUUUACUCCAGAUGGUGCAUUAUAUCUUAUUUACACAAUGGUAGCAGUAUUAGAAACCAAAUUAGACCGUUUUGACAAAGCUUAUCGAAAUUAUUAUUUAGCAUACUGGCAUAAGAAAUAUUUGACACUGAGGCAGGAGCAUUGUUGUGAAUUGGCUUCCAUACAGUCGCCUCUGUUGAACGUAGCUCUAAUGUUAAGACUUUUGAUUUAAACUU